UGAGAUAAUAUGGGGGGGCUGAAUUACUGAUGGAUAAUUACACAGAGGGGAUAUAUUCUAGGUGUGGAUAAUUAGCCUGGUAGAUGUAUGAGGGUUUUAGGCUUAUUGGCCACAUUGAUAUAUCCUUCCCCCAACAUGAGGUGAAAAAACCGCUUACAGUAUGUUGUUUUUCUUCCCGGGCUUUUCCACUACAAGAUGGCAUGUGCGGAUGCGCUCUGGCGUAUAUAUCUUCAGCCAAAGGAAGGCAGAGAUGAUGAGAAUAGUCUGUUCCAGUCAGUGGGGUACUUGCGACCAGAUGAAACCAAGAAGAUGGUUACCAAGCCUGGAUUUCGACGUAUGCAUGAAGUCAUACAUCACGACCUUCAAGCAUCGAUGCUUGACUGCUGGCGACUUGAAGCACAGAGCCAAAACCGCGAGUGGACGACCCUGGAAUUGUUCACAGCUUCGAAACCAUCAGAUACACUCGACCACGCACGUGAGAAGCCCAAGGAACAACAGGACAGGCGUUUUGAAAACCAAGUCCUUCGAAAUCGAGACGAGUUGCUGUACGUUGACGUAUGUCAAGCAAUGAAUGCCGGAGAUAUUGGUGGAGUGGAGGCUUCGUUUCUGCCGUGGAUAUACCUUCGAUAUAACUACCCCGUCGAGCUGAGGUGCGUAACUUGCAGAGUCUAUAUGUAAUCUGAUGGGGGCCAGGUGAAAUUGACGCGGUCCUGCCGCGACUGCCGCGGUCGUGACG